AUGGGGUUUGUUCCCACUUCCCAGGCAGACCGCACUGUGAGGCUGCGGGUGUGUCUGGAGACGCUGGGCGUGGAGGAAGAGACGCUGGAGGGAGUUCCGGCUCACUUGCGCCUCCCAGUGGCUGUGACCUGCUACUGGCUGAGGAGGGCCAGCCCUGAGCCGAGGCUCCUCAAAGCUCUACUGAUGGUCGUGGUCCAAGGAGAACUGAUGAGACAAAUUGGGACAGCAGGCUGGCAGGGAUAUACCAACCACCACUCUCAACCUCUGGAUGGUAUCGUGGCUCACCGCUUCAACCAAUGGCAGGCCUGCCUGAAGGACGCCUCCCAGCUCAACCUGCUGCUCUGCAAGCCCCUCCCUGAACCCCACUACGCCUGGUUGUACCAGGGCAGGCUGGUGCACCGGCGGCAGAAGCAGCUCCAGGAGAGGGAACCAGAGGAGAUAGUACAGGAUGAACAGUUCAGGAGACUGUACAGGAGACUCCUGGGAGCAGUGACCCAGCCAGAGAGGAGAGCUGGGGGGCCUGAGGCCCAGCUGAGGGCCAGCAUGGAGCACCUUCACCUCAACACCCAGGAUGAGGAGGAGGAGGAGGAGCUGGGCGGGGCUGCAGGCCUGGAUCAGGGCUCUGAUAGGCCUAGGGUGACGGUUAGAACACGCUACAGAACCAAAGACAGGAAGGACCGGUCCAGAAACCCAGAGCUGUGGAGGAAGCAGGAGAGGGAGGGGUGGUUGUGA